ACCACCGACCGACACGCAGAGGAGGGGAGCUCAAUAAUCACGCAGCGUGAACUCAGUGAGAGAGAGAGAGAGAGAGAGAGAGAGAGAGAGAGAGAGAGAGAGAGAGAGUCUGUUCAUUCCCCUGUGUGGACCAGGAGCGACCAAACACGGAGUGACCGGGGUCAAGGCGGGAGGUCUAGCCGUCAGUUGUUGAAUGGGAUGCCGCAGGCUGACAGCCAGUUUGUCCCCCGAUGUUCCUGAGAGGAGAGCGGACCUGAAGGAGAGCAGCUCGACACGGAGAGGUGAGUGAUUUCAACACUUUAUGAAAAACCGACCUCAGACUGUACUAAAGUUUUGGCACUAUUUAUUACAAAUACAUAAAUAUUAUUUAAAUUUAUAUAGGAAUUUCUCUGUUGGCUGCUUGUUGCUUUGAGGUUUAUCUGACAGUGAUAUUAGUAUGUUUGGUGAUGUUUCUGAACCUGUUGACAGACAAAACGAAAAAACAUGAGAGCAACAUCUUUCAGGUGCGUUUUUUAGGCUGGUGAGAGACUUUUUCUUGGUUUAAGCAACACUAACCUCAAUAGAGCAGUUAAAAAACAGGGGAGACCAGGGGCAGAAUAGGGGACACCAGGGACAGCUGUGACAUAUUUCAUAUUUUCUUCCAUAACUCACAGAUACAACAUAUAAGAAACAAAAACAGUAUUUUUUUUCAUCAGAGCCAAUGCUGUUUCAUUCAUGAAAUAACAGAUGUCAGAGUGAGAAAUACAUUUAUUAGCUCAUCAUGUAGGAAUUAAAGCACCUGGAAGUAAUUUGUUUUGUUUGUAGUGUCUACUAAUGUCAAUAUUUUUGUUAAUAGUGAUUGUGGUGAGAUUAUUUUAGAUUUUAGGCAAUGUACCUAGAUUUUAAAUAAUCCCAUGAACUCCAUUUUAGUCUAACUUUAUCUGCCAUUAUGUCAAGAACAGUCAAACUGUAAAACUUAUCAGAAAUAGUAGACAAUCCAAGAGUAACAUUAAAAGAUCUCUUGAAAGUAGGAUUAAGUAUGUUUAUAAAAAAGAGUUAGAAACAGUACAGUCGUUUUAUUUAAAACAAAAUGUGUGAUUAUGAUCAAACUUUUGAUUUAAAAAAUAAACAUGUUUAACCUCUAGCCACAAAGCAAAUAUAAAACAUGGCUGCUCAGAGUCAAUGAUAUAAAUUUCAGUUGUAACAGACCAAUAUAAGCAUAGACUGAUCCAAGCUUGUGUGCAGUUUUAUACCUCGAAACCACCUUUUAAAAAAGUUUACACUACACUCAUUUCAAUCAGGCAGCAGGAGAAUCCAACUGAGCAUGUGCAGUCAUUUUGAUAUCUCUAGCUUCUUCUCCUAUUGGAGAUAUCGAUUGCGUUACAACUGCCCCCGGUCUCCCCUACAGCCUUGUGUCAAAUCAAAAACAUAACAAAUCCCCCCACAAAAGGAGUUAUCAAUAUUUCUAUCGAAGAAGGAGUUUUCUAUUAGAUUAUUGAUAGUAAAUAUCUUUAUCAUCGAUGCACAGAUUAACACAUCACACUGACAUUUGUAGGCUUUACAUCAUUUUAGUUUAGUUUUUAUUGAAACCUAACAAUAAAAGUCCUGUCAUCUGAGAGUGAAACUUUUCAAAAGUCACAGUGAGGACUGAAUUGAUUUUAUAUUUCUGUGAAGGACGUUUAGAGCAUCGAAACUACACAUUUUUCCUAGUAUUAAACCAAAGAAAACUCAGGGUUACGAUUUACUCUCUCUCUCUCUCUCUCUCUCUCUCUCUCUCUCUCUCUCUCUCUCUCUCUCUCUCUCUCGAGAUGUUUUCUUGUACCUGUAUUGAUUUUUAUUUCUUUUCUUCUCUUUUAUUUGUCAACAUGAACAAAAACCUUUCAAGGAUAUUCCAUCUAAAACAUCAGUAUAUUGUGUCCAUAGAUACUCCAACCUAAUGAUGAUACUUGAUGAAAAAACACCAUCCUCCGACUGUGAAUUCGACUCGUGGAAAUUAAUGAUGGAUUUUUUUCUAAAGUCAGUUUAAUUUGUGAUACCCUCUAGUGGCCAAAAAAGCGUCAUGGUGCCGGUGUUGAGGCACGCUCCUGUUUCAACAGAGCUCAGUAGGAGAAAAACAAACUCACAUGUGCUGCUGUACAUAAAAGCCUCUAAAAUCACUGAAAAACGAUUCAACCAUCUGUUUUAAGCAGCAAAUUAUGACAUUCAGACUUUAAGCAAAGCAGAGAUGUGUUGGCUUCGCUGUUAUUGCUCUGUUUUCACGCUCUGUGUGCUCAAUAGUCAACUUUAUGUCUGCAUUGUGUAAAUGGAUGAACAGAGGAGCAUCUGUCUGAGUAGGAGAGUACAGAGUGAUUCCUGAGUGAAUUUGUGUGUUUGGAGUUUAAAGUCUGUGCGCAUCGGACAUCUAUCGCUCUGAUCCCAAAAGCUACAGUGCCAUUUUCAAUAAAAGAUGGAGGCGAUGGGAAAAUUGCUUCUUAAAUAAAAGAUGAUCGUGGCUUGGUUAGAAGUUUUCUCAUCGGACUCUGAUCCUCUCUUACUCUGUCAUUUGAUGAAGGCCUGAGAUCACAGCAGGCUCUCUGUCUGUCGGGAUGUACAAAGACAGUACUUAUCGGGACACAGAGUUGAUCCUCGCUCCCUCUCUGCACUCAUUUCUUUUUGACAGAUCACAGAGGAGACUCCGAUCUUUUAUUCAUCUCUUCUUUUUCAAUAUUUCUCUGUUUUCAGUAAAGUCUAUUCUCCCACCUUCUCCUUCAACUUUGCCCUCUUUCAGACUGGAUGAGCAGAGAUGUGACUUCCACUCAUCACUUUCAGCUUGUGCUCUGUAGGGAUAAUAUGAGCUGAGACGAAUCAUAGUCAUUUCUUCAUAAUUGGUACCAUAGAUCUGUGCAGGCUGCUGAUUGAGUGUACUACAGUGUGCUGAAGUAGAGAUUUAAAGCAGCAGGGGUGAAAAGAAUCACAUAAUGAGACAGCUGAAGGAAAAGGAUGGCUGCUCCCUGUUCAUGUCUCUGUUGGGUUUUCCUCCUGAAGAAGUCAGUCCUGAUGAGGAAACACUACAUGAUCGAUUGCUCUAUAAACCAGCUGUAUUGUCAUCAUUGAAACACAAGUUUAAUUGUGCACAGCGGCAGCAGCAGAGUGGAGGAAUUUCGAUUGAGGAAGUGAAGAGGCAGCUGGAUUGAUUGUUUGAUGCAACAAACAAUCAAAAAUGACAUGACCGCAGAGAAUCAGGAUUCAUUUAUCCUGAGUACAGAGCUGGGAUUUACGCCGCUACCUAGAGAGCAGGAACAAUGAGAUUAAUUACAUGAAUAUGAAUGAACAAAUCAGACACAUGCAAAAGUUAUACAACUUGUUGAAUCCUGAUGUAAUGCCGUUACUCAACCAGACCCCUCAUAAUCGAUGCCGUCCACUUAACUCUGCCGGCCAUGCACAACAAUGACGUGAUGCUUCACAAGAGGUAGUCAAGGCGAACCAGGAGAGUAUCCAUGGUGAGCAGGAGAAAAGGAACGAAGAACUGUGAAAUCCAUUUGUGCAGCUUUGCAGAGGGGCUGCUCAACUAUGGUGAAAAUCACAAUCACGAGUAUUUUGACUGAUAUUGAUAUCACUUUUAUUAAAAGUGAUUACCUCUUUAAGAUGUAUAAAUAGUCACAUGUACUCCUAAAAAAAGGGACCAUGUGUCUCUUCUUUUCUUAAUUUUAAAGGAAUAUUCAGUGGAAGCAGGGUUUUGGACAUGUGGAGGGUCAAACACCGAGUUGGACACCCCCUUGAGAGAUGAACGUUGCCGACCGCUUGCUUCUCUAGUUUUACCAACUUUAGUAACGAUCAUUUCUUUAUCAUUUCCUUAAAGCAAUAAUCAUCAUAAUAAUCAUUUUGCAGACUCUGUAGUUCUUCUGCCUUAGCGUCUCGAGCUGUAGCUUAAUACUGGUGAUAAUACUCUCUGAAUUAAAGGCAGAUUUCACGCGUAGUUAAGUAUUUCCACACUGCUCCUCUCCCUGCUCUCCUCUCUCUGCCUGUAGCUGCCUGAUAGUUUGUACCGCUGUUGCACAACAUGUUGAAGAUACCAAUACUCCUAGCUAGAGACCCAAAUAACAUCCUCAUGGCAGGAAUUAGCAAUAUGUAAACAUUGCACCACUUUGAUUUGUUUAAAAGUUAAGUGUUUCUAAAGACUUCUCUUCAAGGUCCCUGAUUAUAAUAAUGCAAGCCCACUGAUAGGAACUUCGCAACAAGGGUUAAGGGUCAGCUGUUACCAUCCUGUUACUAACGUUGUUUAAAACAUGACAACAGUCGUCUUCUUGUGCAGCCUCUAUAAGCCUGAUUGAGUCUCUAUCUCAGAAUAACUGAUAAGAGGGGGACUUGGACUGAACUGGACUCUCUUUUCUGUCAGUCCUGCUCCUGAAUAUUCCUGCAUUUUAGUUGUCUGUGGCCCUGUUAUUUAUUAAUCAUUGGCAGCUUGUUAGAGCUUGCAAUGGGAGUUUGAGGGAUUGGAUUGAUUGAGAGGAGGAAUCUGGGUUAUGAAGUGCAAGACAACAGUGAUUUUUAUAUCCCCUCUGCUCAGCAGAGAGCUGGUUAUGCUGCAGUGGAAAAAUCCACAUCAUUCCCUGUGGCCUUAUCUUAUUCCUGCCCCUCUGUGAAUGAGAUGAAAGAUUUAUUACAGGGCGGGUCAUUGCCUCACUGGAGCAAAAUCUGAAGGAGUCCCCUGGGUUUUUAUUUUUUUAGGAUGUUGUUGUUGUUUUUUUCCAGUAGUGCUGGUCGAGGGCAAACAAGGCCAAGGAUGUAAUAGACCUGUCAAGUGUCUCCAGAGGAGGAGAAACAGGAGAUGAGACAGGCGGCAGAAGGAGAUAAGGGAGGGAUGGAGGCGGGUGGGCGUUAUUGAAUGAAGGUUGAGGAGCAAAAGGGCGUCUCAGAGGUCAGUUCAUCACAAAAUGAAAUAAGACUCGGCUUUAUUCUCAUAUUACAGCGCACACAGAAAUAUCAGCUGUUCUUCUGCUAAGACAGAGAGAUUUAGGAGUUUUAUGGAAACAAUUACAAGUUUAAAAACUGUCGACGGAUCGAUCGUUUAUUUUGCUUCUCAGUGUUUAUUGAUCAGUGGGUAUUUUUCCUCAUUAAUUAGUCAGUAACAUGUUUAAAAUCCUCUGAAAUUCACUCUCUAGACAUAAAACCUGCGAGCAUUUGGCGCUUAGGGGGUGUAAAUAUUCGCAUUAUUCAUUUUUUAAUCAAUUUUACUAUCUAGGCUAAUUUUUUAGUUUGACAAUGUUUCAUACAAAAUUAAAAAAAGACAUCCAACAAACCUGAACUGUUGGUGUUGUGUUGCAGCCAAGUUGCACAAGUUCAUUAAAAAAAUGUGGGCUGACAAUAAACCAGAGACACAGCCUGAGGCGGCGGUGGAUGCAAAGAAAGUCUAGAUGUUAAAUUAUCCUCCGGAGCAGGUCUGUGUUUGAGAGCAGAGGUCAGAAUGAGACAGAAAUGACCUAUGAGAACACCAGGAGCUGAUCCAUGGUGCAGCAUGAGUAAUAACUGUGCUUGACAAAGCCAAAUAUUGGUAUAUAGACUGAGAUAUUGAUCACUUGAAAGGCUGUAUGUAAUAAGAAGUGAGUUGAAGAGGUCUUGAUUCAUAGUUCUUCUUUGGCUUUGUGGCUCCAAACCAAGUCAGAGUCGUCCGUCCACAUAAUGGAUCUGGGUCUGAAUGAAGGUUCUUGUGAGUUACAGCGUCUGGAGGAGCUGUGUGAAAAAAAAAGCUCCUGAAAAUGAAGCUCAGUCAUUUUGUAGCUGUAAAAACACCUAAACUUCUGAGUUUUUAUCAGUGUGUCCCUGCAAAGCUCCAACAUGCAGACAGCAGAAGAGAGAGAGAUUAUUGACUUUCAUUUUUUGGGGUUCCACCAGCUGGGACAGAUUCAACUUAUGGUUAAGUGCGAGUUUUGCACCUUUAUUUGCAACACAGCUUUUUACACAGAUGGUGUACCAGCCCACUAAACUGUCCCUCACUUUUCUGCUUUCAUGAAACUUGAAGAUUAUCUCAAACUCUAUUAAUUGGACGUUUCUUUUUCAGCUUUUUCAAAACUUUCAUUCUUUCAACUACAGCUGGGGUUAAGGUCAGAAAAGUUAGAUUAAAUUUGGUGAAGUAAAAUGAUUUUCAUCAGCACAAUACUUCAUUUGUAAUUUGAGGAAAAAAAGGGAAAAGUCUCCAGCUGCCAUUCUCCGACCUUUCACCACAUCAUUUGUAUAACUUUGACACGAGUUUCUCCCCUUAUCUCUCUUAUUAUGAUAAAAAAUAUAAAAAGCUUUCUGUAAAAUACAAACUUUUUAAACAGGAUUAUGUGCAUGUUCGUAGAGCGAUGUGAUUUCAUACAAAUAUCACCUGAACGACACUAUCCUUGAUAAUAAAAUGACACCUGCUGCCCUGACCUUAUGGAGCCAAGUGCCGUACGUGUGUUUACAUGUGUGUUCACAGUUAUGCAGCUUGACUUUGGUGGCCAUGUGUGAAAUUGAAUUACCUGCAUGCAGGGAUCAUUGCACCUUGUUUUGAACAGAGACCAAUGAAAUGAAGCCACCGUUGGCCUUUCCUCGAAUAAUCAAUAACAAGUGGCCGUGCUGUCAGCGUAGCGCUGCUGCAGGACAAAUAAAAGCCAUUUAAAACCAAACACGGGUUACCUGCUCACCAUUUCUUUAAAACACUCACUCCUCAGUUGUUUUCAAUAGAUUCUGUGUGGAAACAACUUUUAAAACCGUCUGUAAAGUGUCACAUACAUGACUGGACUUUGAAUCAGUGAUUGUCCUGCUUUAAGCUCCAUGUGAUGUUGACUGUAAAAUACCUUCAAAUGUUUUAUAUAAAAAAAAUACAGAAAAAGAAGAACCUUUGUUUUAUCAAAGCUAAACGACCUAUAUAGAGUUUGAAGUAGGGCUGGGCGACAAACCGAAAAUUUACCGAUACUGAAAUUUACAACAACAAACGACGUCAUUUUGCCCAUAUCUGUAUAUUCGGUGUCAAAAAAUGAAUAAAUAAAAGUUGGUUUUGGAUGUGUGUAGGUAGGCUAUGGUCUCAUGUCCCUUUAAGACACUGUCCUACAUCGGAGACGUGACUCCACCGCAUCCAGUCCGUAACAAAGAGGGAAAGACAGGUGAGGAGAUGGAGGACGGUUCAAAAGUUUUAGCGGCUGAAGUAGACGAAAUUUAUGUGGGAGGGGGUGAGCAGCUUGUGGAGUAGUUAUCGUCCAUUUAUCGUUAUUGUGGUGAACUGAUCAAUAUAUCGUGAUAUUGAUUUGAGGCCAUAUCGCCCAGCUCUAGUUUGAAGCUAGUGUGAGCUGAUUGUAAAACUGAUACUGAAGCCUCCAUAUGACCCACAAAACCAGAGCAGACCAUCAUGGAAAGAUGAACUAAGACUCGUCAGAUGGGUCAUCAUAAAAGAAUUUAAAUUGCCCAUUAUGAUUAUUUAAAUUUUUUAAUAAAACAUCUAAUAAUCAGUCUGAUAAGCUGCGUCUGUGUGAUUAGCUCAUGAGUGGCAGCUCAGAAGUGCAAAUUUCUAUUGAUUUGUUAUUUGAAGCCAAAAGCUCGCCAGGAGGGACGAAAGAACUGCAACUAAAAUCACAACCAGUGUGUGAACACAUUAGUCCCUGCUUCAUAGAAUUCUUCAAUACCUGCUACCAGUACAACACGAUCGAUUGUUUUUCUCGUGAUCGUCUUUUUUUACAUUUUCCAGAUUAAUGCUCGGAAAGCAGGAGGAUUUUGGGGCAUAGAAAUGAACUUCAUUUGAACAUGAAUAAAAGUUAUUACAUGUAGAGUGAUUGGCGAGGAAUCGUUCUAUUGUAGGAUCUUAUAUUCUUGUUCUACACACUGCCCCCUUGUGGCAUCAAUGUGAAUUUCAGUCUGCUUUAAAGCUGUACUAUAAGACACCUUUACCCUCUCGUACCUCUAGAAGCAGAGGCUUUAUUUGUAUGCAAAUGUAUUUUCUUCAAAUCCUCCAGCUACCAGACUCUCUUGACUACAAAAAGAUCGAAUACUUUGUGCAUGUGUAUCAGAGGAAUUACUAUUCUGCAGAGGUCUUUGUUUUUAAGUUGAAGUUGCAGUAGAGCCACUGGACCGGCUCUAAAACCAGAGGCAGUGUCAUUAACCACAUUCAACUUAAUUUAGUGUUGCACACUGUGAGACUCUCGCCCUCUCUGCAGACAAAUAUGAGUCUCUCAGUGUCCAGUUGUGCUCAUAUAUCAUUCUUGACAGUGAGGUCAAACUGUGAAACGUAGUAACAGGAAUCAGAGCAGGUUUUUCUGUCGAUGGGAAGGUUAAGGUUAGAGGAGAACCACAGUGAUGGUUAAAAGGAGCCAGAGAUGACUGGUGGAGGGUGGCGGGAUGAUUUAUGUCACAUAUCAGUGUCAGCUGAAGAUUAAAGGAGAUGUAUUCAGCGGUCUGGUGCUGAAGGAUCAAUACCAUUUGAUUUCACCUGCAGCCUGUUUUUAUUUUGUCCUCCUGCUGGAAUGAUGUAUUUUCGUAACUAUCCUCUGCCGUCAGGUGAAUAGAUCCUACAAACUAACCACUUUGAAAAGUGUGAUUGGCUUUACCACAGAGAUACAUGAUGAAUUUAGAUUUAAAAAAGCGGGAACACUGCAGGUAAGAUCACCGAAUGAAAAACGAUCCUUGUUUUGAAUACAGAUUUUUCAUGUUCUUACAAUCAAUAACGAAAGAGAGAACAACUUUUGUAUUUUUCUAUUUUUGUGGAUUUUUUGCUUUUCCAGUUUGCUUUCAGCAGCUGUUAGUAAUUUGGUUUCGAGUUUCACCUCCAAAGUUGUUGGUUUCUUUCUCAGUGUGCUUUUUUUUCUGUAAUUUUACAUGAUCACAAGAUGUGGAGCACAUACAAAAUGAAAGUACAUGGCGUGGCUGUACAACAACAACAACUAUUAUCUAAAAAACAGAUGGACGUUCUUCAAAAAAAAAACCUUAUCUAUAAAUGUUUUUUUUUUUUUUUCUGGCUGCAACAACUUCACUUUACAUGUAAGUGGAUGGUUUAAAGCUCCUGUAAGGAACUCUGUGUCUGUGUUGACUUUGGCGCCCCCUGUGGUCAAAGUAGUAAUCUAUCUUUUCCACUUUUGUCUCAUCCUUUCUUUCAACAAUGUUCAUUCUCCUCUUAUCUUUUGACUGUGAAAUUCAUUACCAACCAUCAUCACCGUUGUAGAAACGGUCGAUCUUGUAGCUUAUGCUCUCAUUUUGCUUCAGUCUGUUUCAUAACCUGUGAAAAAUCCCCCACAGGAGCUUUAAAUGAUACUCAUGGAGGUACAUUUCUCCUCAACCCCGAAUCCUUUCUCUCUAACAUUCAAACUAAAUACCGUACUCGUCACCCAGACCAUCAUCAUCCCAGAGGUUACAAACCCUCUGAUGUCUGACGUCGACUAAGAUGGAGCUCACUUCAGAGGGACAUGAAUCACUCCGGGCAGACCACAGUAUAUUACAGCUCAAACUCCUCUCUGCUGAUGACUCUGACCACAGCGUAACUCCACUCUGUUAUUGGCUUUUCCCCCAGUGUGAUACUCAGUCUUUGGGGCUUCUGUUUUCUAUCAGACAUUAUUGAACUCAUUUAUAUCAGACAUGAAGGUGAGACAUGAAGGUUAACUUUAUAAACAUGGAAGGAGGAAAACAGAGAGGUGUGCUUUCCCCAAAAUAACAAAGCAAUAAAAUUCUCCUUACAUGUACACUUUUUAAAAUCUUAUCUAUUCUUUUAAAAAUAGACGGCCUGGUGGCUCCUAAAAUGCUCGUCUCACAUCUUUUUUUUUUUUGUCCAAUCAGAUUAAAAAGGCUCAACAACCAAUCAGCCAAAUCAGUGAUGAAUAGACAAUAGAUUGUCAGCUACCUGAUUGAUUUAUCACCAACAUGUCACUUCCAACUAGAGGUGUCACAGUAGCAGAUUUUCCUCCUCACAAUUACAUUAAAAUAUCACAGUCAUAUUUUUUUGUAACAAUUGUGAAAAACUAGAAAAUAAAAAACACAUACAGUUGAAUAACUUGAUUAUGUAGAUUUUUUCUGCCUUAUAUUUGAGUUCUUUAACAUAUAUUUUGCUGAACUUUGCUUUUAUUUUGAAGUGUACUACCUGCGUUAGAUUACAGCUAAUCCGUCAAUCUUCUUGUAAAUCCAAAUUAAAGCUCCUGUAAGGGACUUUUGGUUUGAAAAAAUUUGGCGCCCCCCUGUGGACAAGGUGAUCUUUUCUUGUCCCCAGGGUGCUGAAGUUGUGUCUUUUUUUGAAAGUCAGAUGGAUGAGCUGUUGUUGUUGUUGUUGCUGUUGUUUUAAUGUGUCUGCUGUCCCCUGUCUCUCUCUCUCUCUCACCCUCGUUCUCUACUCUCUCUCCCUCCCUCCAUCUUGUUCUCUUUCUCUCCCCCUGCUCUCUCUCUCUCUCUCUCUCUCUCUCUCUCUCUCUCUCUCUCUCUCUCUCUCUCUCUCUCUCUCUCAAUACAUCAAACAAUGAGCGUAGUCUAGACCUGCUCUUUUUCUUUGGAAAGCAUCUUGGGAUGACGACUGUUGUAAAUUGGCUCUAUAUAAAUAAAAUUUUGUUUGAUUUUGAUCAUUUAUUGUGAAUAUGUUAUGAGGAAAAAGUAGAAAAGAUGGCUGAAGGCCGACUCCUACCCUCUAUACCAGGCGUCAAAAUGGAAAUACAGAAAUGGUGGACCUUAAACUUCCACCUGCUUUAGUUGUACUUUUACAAAACAUCGUAGCAUAAUCAGAACUUUUGCUGCUCUUCUUUUUUUUUGUUCCCAUGUUUGUUUAUUUCAGACACAUUCAUCAUUAGCUGAUCGGUCGUGCACCUCCACAGAAACACUCGUCACGGAGGCUUUUUUUCGCCGCUGGAUUGACCUCUGGCUGUGUUUACAGCCCAUCAUUACGCCCCUCAGCUGGGUCAGAUUCACCGUUUGAAUCCAGUAAAUAUGCAGCAGAGGGUGUCUUAUCCUUCAAGUGCUUUGACCUGAGGUGAGAUGUCAAAAGGUCAGAUGGGUCAUUAAGUUUUCUGGAAUAUAUCGUAGGUUUAUAAGCGAUACAGAGGUCAGGUGCGGAGGGGAACACAGCCGGUAUGAGAGACACUUGAUGGAGUGAGUGGGCGGCGUCGGUUUGGCCCAAAAUCCUCCUGAAUUUAUUCAUGACUUUGGGGAUUGAUGGGAAAGUUUAACCCGAAUCUGCAAGUCAGGAUUCUGUUUCAACUACCUGUGGCUAAUGAAUAUUUAAAGCAGCUCUUAGAGCGAUAUUACACAGCCUGGCUGUUGGAGUGAAUCCGAAAAGAGUGACAGAGAGAUAAGAGAGGAAUCCACAAACCUUCAGCAGUGGAUUACUGAGGGCGAGUUUAAGCAGAAGAUCUAUUUUAGAUAAGAGUCUUAAUAUUUUCCCUGAAUAGUCCUACUUUCAGUUCCUCCUUUAUGUUGUGAAAAUAUUGACAUGGUACAAAAAUGAAUCCAUCCGUCUUUCCUUGUCGUCUUAAAAGUUCAGUUUGUAUUCAGGUUAUAACUUUGAUUUAUAAAGUUGAAAAGCAGAAGCAGCAGCCGAGUCUGGAGGAGCUCCUACAUAAACCCCAAAAAUCAGUUUCUGAAUAAAUUCUAAACGACGCUUCGGUUGAACUCUGCCUCAUUAGACUUCAGAGCAGACACGUUGUCAACCUGUGUUAGACGUUUUUAUGAUGGAGAAAAGAAGUUUGAGGUAUUAAACAGAAACAGUUUCUUGAACAGCUCCUUCAGGACUAUCUGUCUCUCAGCGGCCUCCACGAACGUCCGAGCCCUUCAGCCUCAGAUCUCCUGCGUAAAUCUGUCAGGUCCACGAACAGGUGUUGGUGACAGUUUGCACACGCUCAAGCUGCUGCCUUCUGCUUCUCUAAGCGCUGCUCUGUCCUCCGCUCACCCCCACAAAUUAAAUUAAGCCAUUAUUCAGCAGCAAUGGCUGUAUUACAGCUGCAGAUAAGAGGCUGAAUAGAGUUAAAAUCAAAUUUUCCAGAGGGAUAUUUCUGCUCAUAGACAGCGGAUGAUGAAUAAUAAAUGAAAAUAGCAGCACAAUGAAUUUAAAAAAAGGAGUAAUUUUAAAGACUCAUGAGGGACGAGGGUUAAAGGUUUUGGUGUUUGUUCGGUCUUUCUGCUCAACUUUCAGAUCGGAGAGUUUGUAAAAAGUUUGAUAUCCUCCGUGGACAGAAAUCUGUGAUUGCAAAGAGUCCUGAUUAAAGUUUAAAGUGGAUGUUAUGAGAGUUUUUAUCCAAUCAAUGUCUCAGGUUUUAUUUUUAUAUUCUGCCCUCUUAAAAACAUCCACAGGGUGUUUCCCAGAUGGAUCCCCUGCUUUGGAUAUGUGCAGCACAGACACAGAGACAGUUUCCCCUUCAUGACUUUGAUUUACUUCCUGUGCGGUGACCUUUUAGAGCACAAGAGGCCGGAGAAAAUUCAAUAUAAAUCUGAGAGACAUUUAUUUCAUCCCUGACUUUGACUGUGUGUACCUCAGCGGUGGUUAGAUGUGAUUGUUGUUUGUGUUUUCUCACUGAUACAUUUUCCACCCUUGUGCGAUGAUAACCUUUUCUUUUUUAUGGUUUUUAGUCCUCUGCUGUCAGACUCGCAGGUUUAUCCUUGUCUGCGGUCUCUUAAAUUGGGGUCACAGCAGACUUUUAAUGCUCCGUUUGUCGUUGUUUAUUCUCUUCAUUUUUCAGGUCGAUCAUGUCCACCGGAGCAAGAUCAUGACUGUGCUCAACGACUCGGACGAGACCCCCACUCCCUCCUUCCCCUUCUCCUACCUUCAGCAAAAUGUCUCCGCCUUUGUCACCCACGAUCCAUACUCCCCAAUUACCUUCCUCACCUCCCCCUCCCCUUCCUCCCUGACCUCCUCGAACUGCACCAGCCCUCCCUCCUCUUCCUCUCCCACCUAUAACUUCUAUGCGGUGCUGCUGGUGCUCCUCAUCUUCUGCGUGGUGUUCGGGAACGUGCUGGUGUGCGUGGCCGUGUCAAGGGAGCGCGCUCUGCAGACCACCACCAACUACCUCAUCGUGUCGCUGGCCGUGUCGGACCUGCUGCUGGCCACGCUGGUCAUGCCCUGGGGGGUCUACCUCGAGGUGUGAAUUUGGAGAUACUGGAGCCUGGUGUAGUUAUUUAAAGAGACCCGUCAUACACCUGUGGGACACCUAUAGAGAUGCUCACACCAAGGGCUGGGCGAUAAAACGAUAACGAUAUAUAUAUCAAAAAUACAUUUCCCUCAAUAUCGAUAUCAAACAUGGUCAAUAUGUUUUCAAUAGUCUGCAUUCUGCCAUGUUUUGGUAGACUAUACGAAUAGCCAAUGGAAAGGGGAGUUUCUCCAGGUCGGUUUUGCCCUAAACUUGGGCUGGGCAAGAUGGAAAUAAGUUUAUCAUGGUAUAUUUUUUUCAUAUCCGUCACAGUUGUUUGCUACUCGGUUCUAAUUCAGCACAUGAAGCAGACCCGGAGCAACUCCCUUUUUCAUUGGCUAUUCAUAUAGUCCACCAAAACAUGGCAGAAUGCCGACUAUCGAAAAGCAUAUUGACCAUGUUUUAUAUCGUUAUCGAGGGAAAUUAAUGUUCGAUAUACAUUGUUAUCAUUUUAUCGCCCAGCCCUAAGCUGAACCAAUCAUGUGCUGAAUAAGAAUCCAAGUAGCAAACAACUGCGUCGAAGCAGGCUGCAGCUACACGCAACCAAAGCACCUUAACACGUGAAUGAGUGCUACCCGCGGUAGAAACGCAGAUGAAGGCUCAACAGAUGAGGACAUCAUCGACAACACUGGCACAAAAAUGUUGUUGGUGUGGAGGUAGUUUGUUUAUUUUUAGGUCAGACAAGGAGCAGAGUAAUGUGUACUGCAAAUUAUGUCGAGUACAUGUUCUCGCAAAGUCGGGGAAUACCUCAAAUCUUUUUCAUCACCUGAAGCAGCGAGACGCGACAGAACACUCGCAAUGCAAAAAGUUACAAACCCCGAGAGGAGUGAGGAGGCCAUGGCAUCUGUGCAGCCGAAACAGACGACCCUUUAGUCCACUUUCUCUAGAGCAACGCCUCACGACAAAACAUCGAAGAGACACAAAGACCUCACAGAUGCAGUUGCUUAUUGUAUUGCAAAAGACAUGCUACCAAUAAGCACUGUUAAAUUUCAUCUUUUUUUAUCAUGAUAUAUCGAUAUUGACUGAUGUGAAGAAAAAAAUAUAUAUCCUGAAGAACUUUUUCCCAUUUCGCCCAGCCCUGUGCACACCUAAAGAUUUAAAUUUCCAGAACCAGCAAUCAAUAAGGAAGAUGUUUGAGGGAAUAGAAAAUGAUAAUAAACAUGUCUGUAUUAUCCCUGACAUGUUCGUGUUGUAGCUCUCAAGUGAAUAACCAAAAAUAAUGAAAUCACAGUUUAAAAAAGACUAAUGGUCGCCAUCAAGCAGCUCAUUUUCUCGACCAAGAGUCAAAACACAUUCAGUAAAAACAUCCAUUUGCAGCUGAGAAGCUAAACCAAUCACAUGCUUGGUUGUUACGCCUAAAAAACACACCUAAAGGUUGCAGGUUGAUAUCAUUAAGUUGACUUAAUAAUUGAAACAGACCAGCUAAAUGCAUAGAGUGGAGAAAGAUCGUAAUUGGACGUGAGGUGUGAGGUUGACCUCUAACCAAACUGCAGAGUUAAUUUAACACCAGCCGCUCGCAUUCUGCCUGCAUGUUCAAAUCCUGCAGAAUCUCAUGAAUUCAGAGUAUAAGAGAACAAUAAUGCUCCUUUAGUCGUCAAACAUGCUGCAGAUAAUCUCAUGUUGUUCUCAUGUCGGUUCAGCUCUAGCUCCAGGCUCUUUCUUUUCAUGCCGUCAUUGUGUCCGAGAGACCUUCUGAAUAAAUCACAGCACCACUGAGCGAUCACACCGGCCUUCACAUGCCUGAAAAUAAUAAACCAACUCUCUCUGUAUGAAAAAUUAAUGUCAGAGGCUAACAUAGUAAUUAUGAUCUAUUAUUUCUUAUUGAACCGGGGACCUGGAGAUAUAAUUGUCCUGUCAGAUUCUUUGGGGGUAAAUUGGGUCAUUUGAAUGAAAAUGGAAUUAAAUAUUAAGAAAUAUUAAUAUUAAUGCUCCUCUUUUAGUGUUUUAACAUAUGUUAUAGGUGUACAGAAUGAGUGUUGAGAGUUAAGAUCUAUUAAACUGCAGAAAAACUUAACUUGGUUGUUUCUUGUUUUGUUAAAGGUGGUCGGAGAGUGGCACUUCAGUCUGAUCCACUGUGACAUCCUCUUAACUCUGGACGUCAUGAUGUGCACCGCCAGCAUCCUCAACCUCUGUGCCAUCAGCAUCGACAGGUGGAUUAUACUUCAUCUUUUACUUUCUUUUGUCAGACUUCAAACUCUCCUCAUCUUCAUUUCUUAAAUUUGGCCUUUCUCCUCUGAUUCAGGUUUUUUUUUUUUUUGCGAGAGAAAAGGUCAAGUCGAUUUAAAAAAUUUCAGAGGGAUCUUUAUUUGAAAUAACAAAGCUGACGUUGAAUCGAUAGAUCAUCUCUUUUCUGCCUGGAUUUGGUUUUACUGUGAUCCUGAUUGAUGCUGUCUGCCCAAACAAAGAGUCCGAAACACUCAAGAGCUGCGAUAAAAGAAAAACACACGUCUACUAACAUUUUCAGAGAUUGAUCCAUCAUCCAGCGGGACGGAGACUUCACACACUAGUCAUCUCUUUUAUUUUCAGCAGGUGUUGACAGGCUUCCUCUGCGAUUCUCAUUAACCUCUGCAGUUGUCAGAGUUUGUUCUUAGUGGAUGAAGGAGACCAGGAUUUGUCGCUCUAGCCGUCGCCCUUUUAAUGGGUCCGGGGGGAGGAAGGUGACCAGACACCUAGCGUGUGGAGCGUUGGCAGCUUUAUCCCAAUAACUCAGACGUGGUGACAUAUUCGGGCUGCUGCGGUUUAGUGGUCCGCAGUAACUCGAAUGAAUAAAGUGUUGUUUAAUUGCUUUGUCUGAGCUGGAGGCGGUAAUAAAUGUGCAGUCGAAGCUUCAUGCCUGAGCUAUUUCAAAAUGAAGCCGUAACUUCAAGGUCAAAGUGCUGGAAACUUUAAUUUGGGGUGUUUAAUCCUCAUUAGAUUAGAAGUUAAACAAGAACAGGACUUUUCAAACACAGCCUCCUCGAAAUGGUGCGUAACCCCAGAUAAGUUCUCCGAGUUUGUCUUUGUGAUUACAACUGAAUCGAUAAGAAAAAGGUUGUACCAAUUAGUGAGUCCUCAUGACUUUUUGUACUAACACAGGAGGAACUUUGGGAUCCCAUGAAAGUUUUUAAAGAAUAUAAUGGUUGUGUUGAUUUUGGCGCCCCCUGUGGACGAAGCAGGUUGUCUUAUUGUUUUCGCAAAAUGAAGGAGUCUUAUGACAGCAAAAGGCUUAAACAUAGAAAACGCAGGAGCUGAAGUGGAGGGAUGGAAAGUUUUGGCCCAAAAGAAGAAGGAUAUAGAAAUUUCAUUAGCAACUGUCUCGUUACUGGGAGAACUGGGAAUAGUCCGGCAGAGUUUGUUGGAGACAGGAGUAGUUUCAAUAGGUGGAUGGAUUUGGAUGAGGAGAGAUGAUGUGACAUGUUCAGGGGGUCUGUUUAAGUUUUAUGUCCUGUCUCUAUACAGCGGAGUUUGUUCAGGUGACACCUGCUCUCUUUUCAGAUCUUGAGUCUGUACCUUGGACAAUCAUUCAAACUUUGGGCUACACUCAGCCUUGAAAACAGAACUGCCCCUCACAUAAAAGUGAAUCACCUCUAUUACAAUGUACUUUGGUUCUUCCACAUCAUGGAGUUUUAUUUUCUUUAUGCUAAUGAUACAUGAGGUUGUGGUAAUAUCAGCAUUGUCUCUACCUGAAGCUCUUCAUCUCACUGCCAGUUAGGGCUGGACAAUAAAUGGAAAAUUUACCGAUACCAAAAUUUACUGAUGUCAUUUUGCCCAUGCCAAUGUAUUCACUGUCAAAAAAUUAAUAAAUAAAAGUUGGUUUUGGAUGUGUGUAGGUAGGCUAUGGUCUCUGUCCUAUGUCAGAGAUGUGACUCCACCCCAUCCAGUCCGUAACAAAGAGGGAAAGACAGGUGAGGAGAUGGAGGACGGUUCAAAAGUUGGAGCGGCUGAAAUAGACGAAGUUAAUGUGGGAGGGGAUGAGCAGCUUGUAGAGUAUUUAUUGUCCAUUUAUCGUUAUCGAGGUGAACUGAUCAAUAUAUCAUGAUAUAGAUUUAAGGCCAUAUCGUCCAGCUCUACUGCCAGUACUACCAUUAGUAAAACCAUUACUUUUUCACCUCUUUUUUUCAAGUGCAGUUUUCUUACAUCUAACCCUCAUCCACUAAACUCUCUCUCAUUCUCCAUUAUUGAGUUUUUGGAAAUCCCAUUUAGGCGACAUGAGGUGCAGUAGUCAUGGUUAUGAUCAAGGUGUGAGCGUUCAGUUGAUUUGACAUCGCCACCCUUUCUGUUUCACACUAGAAGAAUAAAUAUCUCUUUUACUGUAGACCCGAAAACUGUAGGUUAGUCACUCACUACAGUCCAGGUCUGCUGUGAUGAUCUACUGCUUCACUACCCGGAUAUAAACAAAUAUUAAUGAUUGAUGGUUUCUUCUAGUAUGACGUGGCUUGGCAGUGAUUUAAUAAAGUAAUUUGUUACGAUAGCUGUGCUCGGUUAAACCGGCGUGUAACCUCUUGACGAGCUCAGACAUGUGGACAUUAACCAUCAGAGAGACAGGAGACAGGUGGUGCUAGCUCUGCUAUCGUUAGCCAGUUUGAAACUGUGGUUUCACGCUGAGCUGUGACUAUUUCUCUUAUACAUUUAAAUGACCCUUUUAAGGAGUAAUCCUCAGGCAGGUUUUUCCACAGCCGAGAAGCUCGAUCAGCAAAUGCUCCGUCUCCUUUGGCUUCAAGAUUUAAAGAGGUUUCCGCCUGAGGAUACUGCAAAAUAAGACGAUCGUGAGCAGGUGCUUUUUCUUCACACUCCAGCUGAGACGGGGUCAUUGCAGCACACUGAAGAAAGAUGCUCACCCCUGCGCCCAUAACAUUAAACUCUUAUUGUUUUUUUUUACAAGUGCUUUUAUUAGUUUUUCGACCUCGUGUCCUUGCAACAGGAUGUAACCGCUUCAGUCUGUUUAAGAGGAAACUGGGAAAUUGUUUGUGCUCUGAAUUAACAGCUUGUGUUUACUCUGAUGACUUGUGGGAACAUCAGGACAGGAUAAUAAAGUCUGAGGAAACAUCAGUGUGUGUAUAGUCUAGCUGGUGUUCAAACACAGGCGCCACAAGCUAGUGUGUGAGAGACACUUUAAUGUUGUGUGUGUUUUACGGUCACAGAUACACAGCGGUGGCCAUGCCGAUGCUCUACAACACCAGAUACAGCUCCAGGAGGAGGGUGGCGGUGAUGAUCGCUGUGGUGUGGUUCCUCUCUUUUGCCAUCUCCUGCCCUUUACUGUUUGGACUCAACAACACGGGUAAGCUGAUCCCUCUCUGAAAGCAUUUCCCAUUACAUAAGGUUGAACUUUCUACUCUUAAGGGUGUUUUAAGGUCCAUUCAAAGUUUGGUCCCGUUCACAGAGGCCACCAAAUCCCAAUAUCCAAUUUGACUCCUAGCCUUAAACCUUUUGCUCUGCAUCAUCCUCCACUUUCUCUACUCCCCACAUUCGCUCUCUUUCAUCAGAUUUCCAUUUUGAUGAAGGAAAAAAUGCAUCUAAAAAGAACACUGAGUAAAUGAACUAUCAUUAAUAAUCACCAUCAAAAGUUCAGCUCUGUAAUUACAGAAACUUUUGACCCCCUCAGCACUCAGCAGCCUGAAAAGUUGCUCAUCCUUGUGGAAAGUUCCUGCAGCUGAGGUGUCUGUAGCACCACUUAAUUUCAGUCAUGUGUCGUCAUCAAACAGGUUGUCUAAAGGUGUCUCAACCCUGGUAAUGUCUCUAAAUGGUCUGUUUUACUCGACUGUGCGAGCUGUGUCAAACUAUUCCGCCAGUAGGUAACAUUAAAACUGCAGCAGAUGUCAUAAAAGACAAAAUAUUCUAAGCUGGCAUAACUGGAAGUCCACUGACCUUGGAUGCUUUCUGAAUAGGUACAACUUUUAGAUACAAGCAAUGGCAAAUUUAUCUCACUGGAAAAACAGCUGAGAUGAAGCAUUUUAGACGGAGAAGUAGCUGCAGCUGAAUAGUGCUUAAAAAAUAACCGUUCACAGACUCAAGUAUAAAAUAAAUAAGGAGAUUUUCUGAGCUGCAAAUGGCUUAGAACUCUACAGGAGGCGUCCCAGACUGACGUAGUGAAAUAAGUCUGUAUCUUAAAGGGAUAUUCCGGCGUAAAUUUGAGUUAGGGUCAAACACACCAUAACACUGAGUUAAACACCCCCUUAAGAGAUGAAUGUUGCUGACUGUUUGUUUUUUAUAUCAACUUUGGUAAAGACCGCACAAUAGCAAUAUACAGCAUCUCCGCUCAAAAUCCUCGACCAAAACGCCACUCUAUAGCCGCAAAUAAUGCUCAGAACAGCACCUAACUUCAUCAACAGUACAUAGAGGGUCCCAGUCAUCGUACUAAUCGCCAAACAUCUUUUUAACUUUGACUAAUUUUUUAAGCAAAGAGACUAAACACAACUCACCUACUCUCCUCCAGCAGCCGCUUGCUGCAGCUCAAGGAAGAAAAUUAAUGAUUGUUACUUAAUGCAAAUGCAGUCAGAGUUCUUGUGUAUCUUGUAUGUGCGCUGCAGACGCGGUUGUUCUUCUGCCUUAGCGUCUCAGUCUGAAUGCUUUUCCUCAGCUUACAGCUGUUCCAGUUCACGACAUUUUAAAUCAUAAUUAAUAUAAUGUUUUAAUAUAAUGUUAACCUUUAAGAUGGUGGUUUUGUUUUCUUUUAUGAUAAAGAGGCAUCAGAAUGAAUCCCACUCUGUUUCACUCAUGAAGAAAUCCUCUCAGGAACUUGAUUGAUAAAACUCAGAGACAAAGUUUUUAAAGAAGGGAGGAUUUUGAGCUUCAUAAGCGAGAUUUAAGAGUCCUUCUCACCUUAUUUAUUUAAAGCUUCAUAACAGGUGCAUCCUUUGCUAUCGAAGCCAACGGGGUAAAUAUACCUUAUAAUGGCUUUAGGGUUUUAUUUACAGCAGAGCUUUUCUGUCAUUAACAGGUCCUGGGAACUGUUUUUCACAUAUGGGUUUAGGUAAAGAAAAUGGGAAACUAUAGAUUAGUUAGUUUACACCACAGCUGUUCUUGUUUUUGCUUUUUUACACUGCAGCGUUUUGUUUCCGUGCCUCACUUUCUCUCAGGUGUCAUUAAAACAGGAAAAAGAAAACUAAUGAAGCUGAACGUAGACUCUUUAAUGCAAACACAGCUGCUGGAGUCUCCUGGUCCAUCUGUCCCUGAAUUAGAUUCCCAAUCUUUGAUGAGAAGGUGAACAUAUCCAGUACAUCUGCUCAGUCGACAAAGCUGCAUACCAGCGCACAUUAAACCUAGAUAUUCAUUAGCACAGACACGUGGACCAUGAGGUGACAUAUUUCCAUAUGUUCUAAUCGACAGAGCGACAGGUGCGAACAAGUGGGCACACAUAAUCCCUGAUCGGUUUGUUGUGUCACAAAAGGAGCAGGAGUGAAGACACUUGGCAGCCAACCUCUGACUUAAUGAAGCUGUGAGGAGGGACUCAAGCUUUGAAUGUGCUCACACUGAACUUAGGGGAAAACACUUAAGAACGAGGAGAGGAUGAAAAGUAAUGAAAGAGUUGACAUCCUGCGGCCAUGACUAAACACAGACACACACACAGAGAGGACUUUAUGACUCCCUUCAGGACCAGACCGCCCAUAAAUUACAUUAUAAUGACAGGAACACUUGAUUUCUCUCAGCUUCUGUAACAGCUCUUUUACAAUAAUGAUCAAAGUAUGCAAAUUUCAGACUCAUAACAUCUUCAAAAAUAGAGGAAUACAAAAUUCUGCAACUCAUAUAAUCACAACAUUUCUCUACUUCAGACAACUGAUGGUUCUUAUCUGUGUUUGUGGGACAGUAAAAGACCAAAAUAUCCACUUUAGGAACUUUCUGUCUGUGUUGACUUUGGCGCCCCCUGGGGACAGUGUAGGGGCAUUAAGAGACACAGGUAAAAUAGAUGAUAGUAAUCAAGAGCAGAAGUUGAUGCUGCGUUCCAGUUGUACUUGAAAUUCGGUAUUUCCGAGCUCCGAGUCAGAAAUUCAUCUGGAACGCCCCCCAGAAGUCAGAUUUCAGACUCAUCAAGUCAGACGAUCCUCGUCAACCCCGACUUGAUGACCACGUCAUAAUCCAAGAUGGCAGCGCAGUGCAUCAACAGUUAAGGAUAACAGUGAAAGUUCUCGUAAUUAUAUAAUUAUAUAAUUAAUUAUAUAUAUUUUAUUUAUUAACACUUUUGUUUUGUUUUUGCGAAAUUGAAUAAGUGGUAAAUGUUGUACCGCCCAACGUCUGACAGUGAACACGGUGCUAUGGUGUUUGUAGAGUAAAAUUCUGUGUUACACGUUGUUUACAUCUGGUAUCGCUAACAACAACUAACAGCAGCUGACGACAGGUGACAAUUGUAAACAAUAGCCAACAACGGGUAACUGUAGACGUCCAUCUUGGUUUUCCAACUUGUUAACUGGAACACCGUAAACUCGGCUGUAACGUCAUUCCCAGCUCCGACAUCCGACUUCCGAGUCAACUGGAACGCAGCGUAAGAGUAAGCUUCAAAAUAAAACAGGAAGCAUAAGAAAAGGAAAAUGAAGUGUUUCAUCUAAGCAGGAGACCUGACUGAUUUAAAGUGUAGAGGUUGGUUGGUGAUUGGUGGUUCAACUUCCAGCCUUCACGCUAAGCUAAGCUAAGCUAAGCUAACCCUUCUUUACUGUAAUGUGACAGGCAUGACUGUGAUAUCAUCAUGUGAUGUUAAAUCUUUGCAUUAUUCUCUUGUCUGCUUUAGCCAACCGUGAAGGCACCACAUGCAGCUUUGCAGAUCCGGCCUUUGUGGUGUACUCAUCUGUGGCCUCCUUCUACGUCCCCUUCAUCGUAACUUUGCUGGUGUACGCGCAGAUCUGCUUAGUGCUGCGCAAACGUGGCAGACGCACCGCUCCUCCGCGUCGACAAGGCCUGCACACACAGAGCGCAGCCGAGUUGGGAGAAGGUCACCGACACCGGAAGGUAAAAUCAUAACUCAGCUAAGAAGAACAGAUAUUUUAAACAGUCAUUGUCUCUGGUUAAGUUAAUUCAGUGUCUCCAAGUGCAUUAGAGUUGUUUUCCUCAUUUGUAAAAAUCAGUCAGGGCAUUUGUGGAGUCCCUCAGGGUUCUGUACUGGAUCCUCUGCUGUUUUCUUUACACCUUCUCUCAUUGUCUCUUUUUAUUUUUAUGCAGAUGACACUCAGCUGUACACGUCUUCUGAACCUGAUAAGCCUCUAAAAUGUCUAUGUUAGUUGCAUGAACUGUAUUUCAAGCUCAGAUGGUCGAUAAUUUCCCUCAGCUUGUCUCUACUCCUGAACAUGUUGGGGUCCUACCAAGCUGUAAAAAACACCAUCCAAAAUCUUAGUUUCCAAAUGGGCCAGGGGUUAAGUCUGGAUCAGUCUGAAAUGGUUUGCUUCGCUCCUGUUUUCUCCCAUACAAGAAAUAUUGAUUAGCUAGUCCAUGCUUUUAUUUAAUCUAUUAGACGACUGUAAUUCUCAGAUCUGUGUUUUGGCUUCUGAUUCAGUUCAGAAUCCAGUUUUAAAUACGAGUGAUUGUGUACAGAGUGUUUCACAGUCAAGCUUCGGCUAACAUCGUAGAUCUGCUGUAUCCAUAUAACUCCAGCAGGACUUUGAGGUCCUCUGAUCAAGGUUUGCUGGAUGUUCCUUGACUCAAAACUUACUUUAUUUAUCUAAUUUUUAUUAUCACUAAAUAAAGAGGAUUCAGAAAGGUUCAGACCAACAGUUGUUCUCUAAAAAGUUUGCUGCAGCUCUUCCUGGAGCUAAAAAAGGUUGAUGCUGAUUGACAGAUUUAAAUUGAUGCUUUUUAAAGAGACAUUUUUCUUGUUUAAUAUUUAUGUCUGCGACUUCAAAAAUGCAUCAGUCCCCAGGAUAAAUUUUUCUGCUGUCAUUCUGCUUCAUUUUCAGAAUAAGUGCACACAGCCAGAGGAUGUGAAGCUGUGCACCCUGAUCCUGAGACCUGCCACCGCCGGCCCACAGCGCAAGAAAGUGGUAACGAACGCGCUCUUUUAACGCUCUCUCACUCUCCCGUCUUUUUAAUCCAAUCACCCUCUGCUGUUUUUCUUCUUCUUGUGUUUGAAGAUGUUGCUCGAACUUUCCUUUUCUUUGACUUUGUUUAGUCACACCUUUCUUUGUCAAACCAUGUUGACUAUCAUCCUCUCUCUUCCUUUCUGCGUGUCAGACCCUGGUAAAAGAGGCCGUGGUCCAUCCCUUGGAUGUGGAGCCGGGUCAGUUCCUGCCACAGACCGAGCAGAGCUUGGCACCUCCCCCUCCUCCCCCUGCUCCCCAAACCUCCUCACAUCCCCAUCCAGGGCGGGCCAGGAUCUCCUUGGCUAUCUCGGUCGGACCUGCACCGGUUCACCCCUCGACCGUUACACGCUCCGCCCUGAUGCCUCGUCCCCCCACUCUGGAGGAUGGCAUGAGGGGCAGGGAGGGAUGGAGGGAGCGCAGUGGGGGCAGAGAGAGGUGGGGGAUCACGAAGGAGAGGGUGAGAGGGAGGCUGUCGCAGCAGAAGGAGCGGAAAGCGACUCAGAUGCUGGCAAUCGUUCUCGGUGAGCCAAAGAAAGUGCAGACAUAGAGAAGAGUGAAUACUCAAGCACAAUGUUACUCAUUAUGAAGAGACAUGAAUAUUCAUGCAGCGCUGAUUACACCACACAGGAGCAUCUCAUCUGCUGUUAAAGGGAUAGUCCAACGUAAAAUUAAGUUAGUCUGAUUGCAUUUCCACGAAGUAAUAAUCAUUCAUCUCUGGAGGGGGUGUCUAACUCGGUGUUACGGUGUGUUUGAGCCUAAAUUAAUUUUACGCCGGAAUACUAGAAUAUUAGAUUUAAUAGGAGACGGUUGCUAUGAAGGAGAAAAAGCUCAAAAGCCCUGAAAGAUCAACUCUAUACAAAGUCAUUUGCAGGAAGUGGUCUGCUUCAUUUAGCAGCAUUCAUGAACGUAACAACCUAUAUUUUAUCCCACUGUGGGUCUGAUCGCUGUGAAAAUACAAGUGGUGCAAUCAUGAAUCAGGCUGAGUUCGAGGAGAAGUGGGUUCAUUGUGAGAUUUCAGAGUGCUUGUACUUUGCUCUCAUACAUCUCUCUUAUUCUGAUUUAUGACUUUUCGUGCUUCGUGCUAAAUGAUUCUGUUUUCAUCAAGGAUUCUCACUGAAAGCACUUUUUCUGUAACUUUUGGUUCAGUCUGUCUCGAGUCUUUGAGAAUGAGACUUCAUUAGAAAAAUCUGCCGGGAGCAGUCUUUUCAGGAGCGCUGCUGUCUGGUUCAAAGUAUAAACGUUAUUCAAGUUAGCUUGACCGUGAUUUUCUUCUCUUUGCAGACAAGUUUCAAAAAAUCCAAUCCGAGGGCCUAUUUGAAUCAUCUUACUGCUUUGAUUCUGCACAUCUAAAGGCAGAAUUUAACCUUCACACAAUGAUUUAGAGGAGAUUUCAAAAUACAGAGGCAUACAAGAUUAAAAAACACGCAGUAAAGUCUUGAUACCUCUUUCUGAUCUGCUCACCUUUUCUCAAGGCCUUCAGAGACAAUAAAACCUCAAGGAAUAACGUCACUAAUUCACGAUUUGUUCAUGUUUCUUAGGUGUGUUCAUCAUCUGCUGGCUGCCCUUCUUCCUCACCCACGUGCUGAAGGCUCACUGCAGGAGCUGCUGCAUCUCCCCCACACUGUACAGCGCCGUCACCUGGCUGGGGUACCUCAACAGCGCCGUCAACCCCGUCAUCUACACCACGUUCAACAUCGAGUUUCGCAAAGCUUUCAUCAAAAUCCUGCACUGCUGAGAAAACACGGGGAGCGUCGAGUGACCAGAAAUAAAACAACCUGAAGUUCUUGGUGAGAUGAGGGGGUUUGAGGGGACGACAGGAGAUUUGACACCUGAUCACACAGGUGGUACAAGCAUCUGAAGACAACAACACGUAAUCAGUGGGUUUGACAAACGUGAGGAGACGGAAGAAGACAGGAACAUGACACACACAGAGGGAAUAAAAUCAACCAGGACAUCACAAAAGAGAGUUUGACACGUAGGAGACAGCUACAAAAAACUGCAACCGGCAGGAGACGUUUAGACUCACUGAGUGAUAUGAACACAGACUGAGACGAGGAGAUACCCACACUCUGGAGAUUUUAGGAGACAUGACUGUUUUUUUCAGGACUUGGUUAUCUGUCAGAGUCACUUUUUUUCCUUUAACCUUGACUAAGAGUGUCUCGUUGUGUGUUCGCAUGUCCCUGCAAUCAAAACCCUCCCUGUUUGAUUCAUUUACAGAGCGAAGGCUCCGAUAUUUUUAAAAACUAACAAAGUUACAUCAAGGUGGAAUUACUGUUGUGUUGGUGAAGGACAGUUCAGAGAGCCUUUGAUAACUAUCAAGUGUAAAUUUCCUGCUUUGAACUCCUGUGCAUACAAGUUGGUACAAAAUUACAUGUGUGGCUGUUGGUAACAAUUUUCAUAAUAAAACACAUUUCUUUCUCAGCUCAA